AAUCGCUCUGAAACGGCCAGCCAUUGUGGCCCGGGCUUAAAAUCUAAAUGCGGCGCAAAGUAUGUCGGUGUGAGCGAAGAGGUUCCAGGAUUUUAAAGAAGACAAAAGUUCCUCAGGGAGUACAGGUCGGACAGGCUCCACCGGGCCCGGGUUACGGAAGUGACAACAGGUGAGAGCUCGGCAUGACGCUCCUCCUCCAGCUGGGGUCUGUCCCGCGCGUCAUGAGUUUGUUUGGAAAGUUGAGGAGGUGCACAGCAGCUCGGGUGAGAGAUGGGGAACACGGGCAGUCUGUGGGGAGCGAGGAGGGAAUCCAGGAAGGAGACGGUGAGUCACGCACCUGCUAUACCAGAAAUCUUAGUGACUGAAGCGUCGCCUCUCUCUGCGGAGGGAUCGGUGUCCACCCGGCCCAGCCCUGGAGCCGCUGGCAGGUCCGGACAGGCGGAGUCAGACACUGCAGCGCACAUUCGUGUUGUGAGAAGCUCUGAGGGAUCCGGGCAGCCUGAGACAGACGACGUGGACGAUGAGGGACAGUUUGACACCUGCAGUCUCACUGGCAGUGAAGGCAACAGCAGCCGGCAACACUUCAUCCAGGUGAUGAUGGACAGAUCCCCCCGGGGGGUGCGCAACAUGGUGCCGCGCAGGUCCAUUCACCUGUCCUCCAGGAGUGACAGUGACUCGGUGUCCAUGCUCUCCUCCGUCCUGGACGAAGACAGGACUGCGGUCACUCUGGACCCUCUGGAACAUGAGUGGAUGAUGUGCGCUUCGGAUGGCGAGUGGGGCAGCUUGAGCCGCCUCCUCACCACCGAACCCAGUCUGAUCCUGAGGAAGGAUUUCGUGUCUGGGUUCACCUGCCUGCACUGGGCCGCCAAACUGGGCAAUCCCGAGCUCAUAGCGUUUAUUGUUAACUUCGCCAAGCAGAACAGCAUUCCGAUCAGUAUUGAUGUUAGAUCCAACACUGGUUACACGCCGCUGCACAUAGCUGCCAUGCACAACCACAUGGAGGUGGUGAAGAUCCUGGUGGGUGCCUAUAAUGCUGAUGUAGAGAUCAGGGACUAUAGUGGAAGGAAGGCCUGCCAGUACCUUACUGACAGUGCAAGUGUGGACAUACAGGACAUCAUUGGAGCUUACGAGCAAUCGAACUCAGAGGACACUGACUGCAAGGACAGAGGCCCUUGGAGGUUCUCCAAGGUUCUCCAAUCCAACCUGAAGCCCCUCAGGCGGCUGAACUCAAGUGACUGUGACUCUGUGGAUGGGCAUGGUCGAGUCAGGGAGAAACCCGUGAGGCGGAUGUCUUCUCUCAGCAGGAUGAAGCCCAAACUGCAGCGGCUCCGCUGGAGGACAUCGCAGAUUGUCCACAGCACAACUUUCCACGAUACAGAAGAGUUGGAGGGGUCUGGGGAAGGCUUCUGUAAGCCCAGACCUAAGACCCAUUUCUUUGGGUGAGACAGAGGCAGCACAAUCUUUAUUCUUGAUAAGGUGGAAGAUCUGUUAAAGCUCUCAGCUCCAACUACAUGUAUUAUAUCAAUUCAAUUGCGUGUGUGUUGCUUAUUUACAAAUGGUUUACCUUUUUAGCGAAAUAUACAGUAUUUAAUAAGUUUGCUCAUGGACGUUUUGCCUGAGUUGGUGUAUGAAAGUCAGAUUAAGGAGCAAUAGUUUAAUAUCUGCAUAUUCAAUAUGUUUUAGAGCAUUGAACACUUUGUUGUAAAUAUAUAGACAUUCCAAAUGUGUGAUAUUAUUGAGGCUUGCGACAGCCACAGUCUGAGUCAGAUAUGGAACAACAUACCGCUUCGUGUCAGAACUUGACUUAAGCCUCGUACUGCAAAUGCUUCUCAUGUUAAGCUGUACAACAAACUAAGGUCUUUGGAGAUGAAGAAUGAUACGUUACAUUUCUGGUCACACUUCUUCUGUGAUAUCUUAUACGUUCAUUCAUGGUUUGUCAAGAAAUGUGGUGUCAGUGAAAUAUAGAGAAUUCCAUUUGUCCCAUAUGAGGUUUCCAAGACCUUGUCUCUAUCUUUGCUGUGUAAACAAAAGUUUAAACAUCUCUAUUUGUUCAAUGUUUUCUAGUAUGUACACAGUACUUGUUGCCAUUUAUGUGUAUCUCUAAAUUGUUCAGCUUUCAAAGAUUUUGUUUACGUUUGUAGACGUCUGUCAUUUUACUUACAUCGUUGCACUUUUGAUCGAAAACAAGUCUUAGAAUUAUAUGUGCAUAAUAUCCAGUCUGUAUAAACCUUUACUUAAAAGAAGCAUGAACAGUGAUUGUUACAGUAUUGAAAUGCAAACAUUCUCUAGGCACUCUUAGGCAGAGCAAAGCAUGGGGAUGUUUUACAAGCCUUUAUGUAGUUUAUUAAUUAAAAUGCUGGGACUAAGAUCCAUUGAUAUUUACCUGGUUACCUGUGUCUGGUUUAUUGGAACAUUUUAAUGCUUUGUAUGGUUGUUUGUCUUCUUAUUAAAUAAAUCACACAUUGUUGUAAAUCUAUAAAUGACUGUUGCUGCAUG